CUUUGUCAUAAAAUAGCAGAAGGCAUCUGUACAGAUGGGAUUCUUUCAGCUGACAAAUACACAACAAUCUGGUCUUUAGAAGAAUGGUGGCAGGUCAAGUCAUCCAUCACUGACAUACUAAGACAAGCUGUUGGCAAGGAGUGGACAAAUGAGAAACUGGAUGAGGCAUUAGGUCCACUAGAUGGCCAGUACAAGAAAGUCAUCAGUGAAGUGAUCAGUGUUCACAGGGCAGACCUCCGACGCAGGCUGGUUCAAGACACAACAGCUGUAUCUCAUGCUGUGCUAAAAGAUUUUGACUGGAAGCUCAAGUUAUCAUUAGCAAGUGACAAGCUAGCAUCUCUCCAAGAACCACUAUUACAGCUUGAUCUUUUUGUAAGGGAGGCAAAUGGGGAAAGAAAACAAGUCUUUGUCGAACUUAAUAAAUCUGAACUUGAAAAAUUGAUUCUUUCAUUAGAAGGCUGCAGUAAGUCUGUGCAACAACUGACUACAUCUGCUUCCUAGUCUAGUGUUCUCUCUAGUUUAGAUUGUUCCUGUAAGACCCAUCAACAAUAAGCAUCGGCCAAUCCGGUUUUACAUAAUCAGAUUCGUAGAAUUUUAAAAAUUCUACAGAGCUUGUUUUGCUUUAAACAGUAAUGUAAAGCUUAAAAGAUGUUCUCGUUAAAUUAAAACAAAUACUCAGAUUCGUUUGUCCAUUUAGAUUCAGAGGAUCUAUAAUUUUUUAUUAAAUUUUUAUUAUGAACUAAAAUUUAAAUAUGUUGUUACUAAACAUCAGAUUUAAAAAAUACAUAAUGAACUGCAUAUAGCCAGUUAUGAGCAGACUUUUUUUUUUAAUAGUGCUGUGAUUAAUUUUAUAUCCCAUCAGGAACGUUGACUUGUAUUUAAUCAUUGACAAUAUGUGUCUGAGAUUGAAAGAAAAUGAAUAACAGAUUUUGAAGGCUUCAACUUUUAAAAUGAGUCAACCAUAGAUUGGGUUGAUGUAUAAAAAUAUUUUGAUAAAUGCAUUUUCAUCAUGUGUUCAUUAUAAAAACUGUUAUUGAUAUUGUAAAAAAAAUGUAUUCUUAACACAAGGAGAGUCUGAAUUGAUUUGAUGUAAACACUGAUACUUGUGUCAUUAAGAUGGCUCUUGUACUGUUGGAAUGUACAUUUGUAUGCAAGGUCAAUUCACCUGUGUGAUGAAAAUUGAAGUAAUAAAAAUGUCAGUACCAG